GUGUACGUUCUGUGGCGUCUGCUGUCAGAAGUAUAUCAAUGCCAACAUGGACGAGAAGUCGGUCAACACGGUACGAUCCACAAUGAAGGUGUUCGCAAAUGGCUCAGAGACCAUCAUCUUUGUCUUCCUCGGCAUCUCGGCCAUAGAUCCGUCUAUAUGGGUGUGGAACACAGCCUUUAUCCUCCUCACACUCCUCUUCAUCUUUGUGUUCAGGUUCAUGGGUGAGUUUGGGUCAUAAUCUUUAGUAUGAUUUUGUGAGAGGGGGAAUCAAUGGAGAUUCUAUUUUGCUCAAUCUCUACAGGAUGAACAAUAUUGUGGUUUGGAAGUUUAGGCAAUUACCAACUUGCAAUCCUUGUGUGUGUAGCUCAAUAUUAUACACAAGGAUACUUGUUGAAUGCUUCACAUUACCAGCACUGACACUAUGUGUGUGCAUGCAGAGAUUGGCAAAAGAUGCAUCUGAAAGUAUCUUGUUUCAAAUACGAAAUACCCGACAGACCAAUGUAUCAAAAUAAAAUAAAAGGAUACUUUUGUAUAGUAUCUAGAUAACCACGCACCUUAACACCUGCCAGCUUUUCCCUGAGCCAGCCGCUCCAAUGUGUCUGAGGAAACACCGUUCAACUGGCGACCGGGGUCACUAGAGCGCGAUGAGCCAAGUAAAGCCCCCCCGGCCAAACCCUCCCAUAACCCGGACGAUGCUGGGCCAAUUGUGCGCCGUUCUAUGGGACUCCCGGGCACGGCCGGUUGUGGCACAGCCCGGGAAUGAACCCGGGUCUGUAGUAACGCCUCUAGCACUGCCUUAGACCACUCGGGAGGCACCAAAUACAGGAAUUUUAGGUAUUUUUGUAUUUUCAAAAUACAACAACAUUCUCAAUAACGAUAACAAAAAUCGUUCUACUUGCUAUGACUUUGAUGUGUUUUUUUUUUACUACUUUAGUUAACUAAGACUGAAAGUUGCUAUGGAUAAGAUUGUCUGCUAAAUGACCAAAAUAUACAUACAAAAAUUAACAAUAGCAAAGCACACUGGGUAUUAUUAUUGGUCUCAUUUCGGGGGCAGAGCUAAUUAGAAUAAUAACGAGCAUGCUUUGCGAGUGUUCAUUUGAACAUUUACAGUACAUGUACAUUUUGGUAAUUUAGCCGAUGCUCUCAUCACAUCAGUGCCAUCAUACUUCUAAUACCAAUGCAGGGUAAAAGGGGCCACAAAAUUGUGAACUGCUAUAACAAAAUGGUAUAGAAAAGUAUUUCGUAUUUUGAAAAUACAAAUUACAGCUCUCGAAAGUAUCUUGUUCAAAAGUUAUUCAAAAUGAAUCGAAUACAUAUUUUAAAUACAGUCGCUAGUGAAAGUCUACACACCCCAUAUUAAAUUACUAUACUACAGUAUUAUUCACUGUAGUGUUUUUGCAGACGUUACAGUAGUAUUCACUGUAGUGUUUUCACAUUAUACUACGGUAUACUACACAAUUCUAUAGUAAGUACUGCACUUGAGCAAGGGAUACUAUAGUGUAGAGUAUAGUAUUCUACAGCAUACUAUACGAUUCUAUAGUAAGCACUACAUACUCAAGGGAUACUACAGUGUGGAGUAUAGUCUUCUAGAGUAUACUACAGUUAGUACGGAAUUCUAUAGUAAGUACUAUAAUAUUCUGUAGUAAACUGUAGUAUUUUCCUUUAACUUUUUACCUGGGCUUUGCUCCUUUCAUAUUUAUUUUGAUCCUGACAAACUCAUAUCCAUAACAUGAUGCUGCCACCACAAUAUUUCAAAAUGGUCAGAUGAUCAACAACAUUGCAUUCACUCCACAUUACUUGCCUGUGUGACAAAGUGAAAAGAAGAAAGCCUGUGUUAAAAAAAAUCCACUCCAAAUCAUCCAUUCUGUUUGCAACAAGGCCGUUAAGUAAUACUGCAAGACAACAUGUCACAAACACAAAGAAACCACAAACACAAAGUGAAAGACAGACAGUUAAAUAUGGCUCCCAAUCAGAGACAACCAGCUGACACUCGUUGCCUCUGAUUGGGAGUCACUCAGGCCAACAUAGAAAUACAAACAUAGAAUUACACACCCUGGCUCAACAUAACAGUGUCCCCAGAGCCAGGGCGUGACAGUACCCCCCCCUAAAGGCGCGGAUACCACAGGGGAGGGACCGGGUGGGCACUCCGCCUUGGCGGCGGAUCCGGCUCCGGGCCUGAUCCCCACUCCCUCUCCAACCCCCCAAAGUACCCCUGGUCCGGUCUGGCCCCGCUGGCCGGAGCUGGACUGCACACUGAUGGAGCGGAUUGCUCUAGCUCCGGCGUAACGCAUCUGACCGGUGCCGGACCAGGCACCAGUGGAACAGGCACGGGCCGUGCCGGACCGACGACGCACACCACUGGCUUGGUGUGGGGAACAGGCACGGGCCGUGCUGGACUGACGACGCACACCACUGGCUUGGUGUGGGGAGCAGGAGCGGGCCGGACAGGGCUGACGAAACGCACCACUGACUUGGUGCGGGGAGCAGGCCGGGCCGAGCUGGCGACACGCACCGUAGACUUGGUGCGGGGAGCAGGAACGGGCCGAGCCGGGCUGACGAAACGCACCACAGACUUGGUGCGGGGAGCAGGAAUGGGCCGGACUGGGCUGGCGACGCGCACCACAGACUUGGUGCGGAGAGCAGGAACGGGCCGGACAGGGCUGACGAAACGCACCACAGACUUGGUGCGGGGAGCAGGAAUGGGCCGAGCCGGGCUGACGAAGCGCACCACUGACUUGGUGCGGGGAGCAGGAACGGACCGAGCCGGGCUGACGAAGCGCACCACUGACUUGGUGCGGGGAGCAGGAACGGGCCGAGCCGGGCUGACGAAGCGCACCACUGACUUGGUGCGGGGAGCAGGAACGGGCCGAGCCGGGCUGACGAAGCGCACCACUGACUUGGUGCGGGGAGCAGGAACAGACCGGACCGUACUGGGGACACACACCACUGGCCCUACAUUGGGAUCUGGAACGGGCCGGACCGGACUGGUAACACACCCCAGUACCUCUCGCCGUGCCUCUCCACCUUCCAUCCCCUCUUCGACCAGUGGCCCCCGUAACCUGGCGGCCUCCUGCUGCCCCGACGUCGUGAGCCCCCCCCUAAAAAUUUUCUGGGGGUCUCUCCUCCCCGUGGGCCAGGCCUCUAUCGUUCUCGCCCAACUCUCGCUCUUCUGUCUCCAACUCCCGCUAUUCAGCUCCUCAAUGGGCUUGACCCAGUCGAAGCUCUUCCUCAACUGUUCCCAAGUCCAUCCACUCUGCUCUUUACAAGGCUGGACCCAGUUGAGGUUGCCACGGAGAUCUGCAAGCGAUUCCCCAGGCGAUGGCUCCUGGACACGCUGCUUGGUCCAGUUUUGGUGGUUUCUUCUGUCACGAUCGUCAGGGAGAGACCAAGGCGCAGCGUUGAAUGCGAACAUUAUAUUUAUUAGAAUGAUCACACGAUCAAAACAACAGACGAAAACGUGAUGUCUACGGUUGAACACAAACCAAAUAAGAACAAGAAACCACAAACACAAAGUGAAAGACAGACAGUUAAAUAUGGCUCCCAAUCAGAGACAACCAGCUGACACUCGUUGCCUCUGAUUGGGAGUCACUCAGGCCAACAUAGAAAUACAAACAUAGAAUUACACACCCUGGCUCAACAUAACAGUGUCCCCAGAGCCAGGGCGUGACACAACACAGCAAAGAAAAUAACUUUUUCAAAACUGAAUUAAAAACUACAGGUUUGUGUCAAAUCCAAUACAACACAUGGUGAAACUCUAGGUUAUUUACAUAAUAUCAGAGAACCGGGGUUAUAAGUGAAAUAUUUCACAAUAGGAUUUUGUUUCGGAACUCCCAUAACUCGAAGAACCAAAUCACAAACAUCUGUUGGAGACAGACCGGGAGAACAGCGAAAAGGGUCCGACCCCCCCUGCUUAAAAGUGCCACUCUCCCACUCACUGACAAUUUUCAAAGGUGCAGUGAAAUACUUCACUCAUAAUAUCAGAGAACCAGGGUUAUGUAAAUAACCUUGAGUUCUAUAUUUCAACUACUCAUUCCGUAUUUCACAAUGGGAUAUAGUGAACUCCUGUAUCGCAACUUGCUCUCCAAAAGCCAGGAGGUCCCGGCACAGAUGACCCUAAGAGGUCCCGAAACCGAUCUCCCAGAGGAGAUACCCCAAAAGGAAACACGCUCAGUUCUCUGUAGGAGAGGGCCGUAGUAGGCCCCCUCCGAAGGCCAACAUCCAACUAUUAGAAUAAAUCCUAAUAGCCCCCACUAUCCCAGCAGGAUAGUGUAGGAGAAGAGAAAGGUAUCCAGCUUCUGUCGAAGGCAGGUACCAAGGAGAGCAUAACAGCAUAGUAAAAGGGUUUUGUCCACUCCAGCAAAGGCACAGAGCAGACACUGGAACGAAAGGAGAUGCUCUUCUGGGAAAGGCAGCGGACAGGAAGUCAGAAAGAAUCCCAAAAGCCGACCAUGAAUAAACUACUUGACCUGAAUCACAGAGAGAGGUUAAGCAGGCUACAUAUAGGUACUGCGUGUUAGCAGCAGGCCGAAGGAAAACGGUCCACACGCUGGUUGUGCGCAGGGCAUUUAGCCAACUGGUGACUGGGGCAGACACAGUGGUCAAAAGGGUUCUGUUUGCAAGGGUGCCAUACGGGACCCUGCGAAAGGCAACCACAUCAGGACUGGUCAUAAGCAGGUAGAGAACCGGCUGACUGGAAUGUCACUUAUUAUCGAGAUGAGCUCGAAGGGCGAGGUGCAAGUCUCGGAAUACACCAAAACGUAGACCACUACACCGCGAACAAGCAUGUCCCGAAACACCUCAUUCACAAAGGACUGGAAAACGGAUGGACCAUUCAUCAAACCAUACGGCAUCACCAGGUAUUCGUAAUGCCCUGUGGUUGUGCUGAAUGCUGUCUUCCACUCGUCCCCCUCUUGGACACACACCAGGUUAUAUGCACUCCGGAGAUCUAAUUUUGUGAAGAAGCGUGAUGGAGCCGGGCUGAUGGACGAGAAGUAGAUCUCCAGCUGCAGGAGGAAUCACUGGCAGCGGGCAGCUGUCCCGUCAUAAUCCUUCGGUCGGGAGAGAUUAAUCCCUCUGGGUGCUGGGGUGUGGGUGGCUGGAUCCGGUCGCUCAGCUGGUCCCGACGGGUUGGGUCCUCUCCUCUCCAGGCGUUGGAUGACCUGGAGAACCCGAUCCAUCACUUCUCCCAAGCUUGCUAACAUUGUAGAAGGCUCCCGGAUCCGUGCCACGACUCCAGGCAUGUGCUCUUCUCCUGCUGACUUCAUGUCGGGUGUGUGAUUCUGUGGCGAGUGAUUUAAAAGGAGACAGACGCAGGAGGGUAAAUCACAGAAUAAAAGGGUUUAUUCCGAAGGCACAGCGGUAUGCAGCAAUGCGUCAAACACAGUGAGUAAUCAGGCGCACUGGUAAACAACAAGGCACACGGGUGAAAUAUCCCGGCGAUACAAAAUACAUGGAGCUCCUCCAAGCUAAACUAACCUCCACAAUAAACAAUCACACACAAAGACAAAGGGGCAGAGGGAACACUUAUAUAGGUACUGAUGAGGGGAUAUGAACCAGGUGUGUAUAAUAAAUAAGACAAAACAAAUGGAAUGAUGAGAUGAGAAGCGGCAGUGGCUAGAAGGCUGGUGAUGACAAACGCCGAAGCCUGCCCGAAAAAGGAGAGGAGGCAGCUUCGGAGGAAGUCGUGACACAGGGAGGUUAACCAUGUCAACCCACAGGGCUACUGUGAGCGAGAGAGCAAUUGUCUCACACCCUCCAUACGGAGCCUCUGCACCAUAUAGCCGGAUCAAGCAUAAAUCGGCUUUUAUGGGGGCUGCAAAACUCGGAUUCCUCCAUGUUGUGCUUGUCCAAGCUCGGGGAGCCUUAGCCAGCACUUUGCCAGUAAGGGACUUACAGUAUUCCACAAGCACUUAGCUUCCCGUAGGCAAGCUGGAACUGCAGGUAGCAGUUGCUUUAUUGGGGCUGAGCUAGUGGAAAGUCUUCUCCCAUCGUACAGAUCCCUUUCUCGGUUUCUGUUCCCUGGGGGAGCCGGCCACUCGAUCUCCAGUCUCGUCGCGGCUCGCCUACAGACAUCAAGGAACCCAAACUCCAGUGGAGCAAUGGCGUCUUCUCUGUCUUCGGGGCUGUCUCGCCUAAGAGUCUGAGAGGGUGGGACCUGGUCGACCUCCAUGUCAGGUGCCGCCUCAAAGAGACUGGCGAAGUUAAUCGCUCCAUCAUCCUCAUCGUCCCCUAAUUUGCCUUUUCCCAAGACUGAUAGAGGGCAGAAUUGAGGCUAUCCAUGAUCUCGUUCCAGCUGUGCUUGGUCGUGGGUUGAACCGGGCUACCGAGAGAGAGGCCGGUUUGAGUCUCUUCUUCAGAUUCGCCUCAGUUAGCGACUUGCAGCAAUCGUAGGACUCAAAGUCCUUGAGUGCCAUCUUGGCAUGUUUCCGUCCCAAGCACAUUAUGCACAGAUGGUGAACAUCCUUCCUAGCAAUCUUAGAACUGCAAGCACAAGAACAUGGGUAUUUGAGUGCUGUGCUAAGCUCGUUUUGGGAAGAAAGAAGCCUUGUGGCUGAUGACUAGUAGCGAUUAGCACAGUAGAGAACGCUAUAUCAACGAGGCUGAACCACAUUAGCUAGCAGCUACCUGGAGUUGUACUGUAGCUAGCUUGGUGCUAGCUGAAGGGGUUGAGCUAGGAUAGUGUUAGCCUUUAGGUUAGCCUACUCCCACGACCGAAAGAGGCGUGUGGCCGGGUCAACGGUCUAGUUAGUACCGGCGAAUAAACGCAGGUUAAACUAAGUGAGGGGGAGAGCUAGCCGAGCUAGGUAGAAUUGCGAGGUUAGCUUGCCUUGCAGCGAGCUAGCCGAGCUAGCUUAAGCCUUGCAGCAUGGGCUAACCAAGUCACACUAGCUAGCGAUGUAGUUAGCUAGCAGGAGGGGGGACUGAGGUAGAAAGAUAUUUUUACAUGAGCAAUACUACCGUGUCGCAGGUAGAAUAACAUGAUUAGCAAAGGGUGGCUAUUUGAAGAAUCUCAAAUAUAAAAUAUAUUUUGAUUUGUUUAACACUUUUUGGGUUACAUGAUUCCAUAUGUGUUAUGUCAUAGUUUUGAUGUCUUCACUAUUAUUCUAAAAUGUAGAAAAUUGUAAAAAUAAAGAAAAACCCUGGAAUGAGUAAUUAUGUCCAAACUUUUGACUGGUACUGUAUUUUUAAAAAUUAGGAAUAUUUUUUAUAAUUUUAUUUCACUUUGAAAAUGUGAAGUAGGUUGUGCAGAUCUGUAUAGGAAAACUAAUUUAAUCCCUUUUUACAUGUAAUUUUAUGGCAGCAAAAUGUUUAGACUCUGCAGUGGGUGUGUAGACUUUCACUAGGCACUGUACAUGUAACAGAAAUAUAUGUGUGUAUUUAUAUCAUAGGGGUCUUUUUACUGACCUGGAUUCUGAACCAGUACCGACUGGUUCCCUUGGACUUUAUUGAUCAAGUAGUGAUGGGCUACGGUGGCCUACGAGGGGCCGUAGCCUAUGGCCUUGUGCUCUUGCUGGAUGAGAAUAAGUACAAGGAGAAGAAUCUGAUGAUCAGCACCACCCUCAUAGUAGUGUACUUCACUGUGAUGCUGCAGGUAAAAUAGCUCAUUUAAAUGUCAAACAUCAGACCAUACAUAUUUCACCAUUUGUAGUUUUCUUUCAUACAAUGUAAUAUGUCUUGACUUGAACAGACUGGUACAGUAUAUGUUAAUUUGUUACCAGCUGACUAUAUUUUCUCCUUAUUUGUUGCAGGGAAUAACCAUGAAACCACUGGUCACCUGGCUGAAAGUGAAGAGAGCAGCAGUGACAGAACGCACACUAGCUGAAAAAAUACAGAGUAGGGUAACUAUCUGAUUAGAAGUCUUUGUUGUUCAUCAACCGCAGAGAAUCAGACAACAAACCUUACAUCUCUCGAAUAAAUCCCAAAAGUAACGUUUCUACUUUUAGUAAACUGUACUAUGCCAGUUUUUCAAUCACAGGUCUGUCAAAUGAAUUUUAUAAACAGAGUUCCAAAGUUCCACGGUUUAUUAAGAGGAGAACACACAAAUAAAUGUCACGGUCGUCUAUGUCGUCCAAGUAUGACCAAGGCGCAACGUGUCCAAGAAACAUGACUUUAUUUAGCAAAGUAACCAAAAUCCAAAACAAAAGACGACUCAAUGAAGUCCACGGUACACAGACCGAAAACGGAACAAAAACCCACAACUCCCACAAGAAAACAUACAGAUUAAAUAUGGCUCCCAAUCAGAGAUAACGAGCCGACAGCUGACACUCGUUACCUCCGAUUGGGAGUCAUAGACCAAACCUAGACAUGAACCCAACAGAAAGGCAAACCUAGAAAUACACACAACAGAACUACCAACAUAGAAAUACACCCCAAAUAAUGAAAAUGAACAACCCUGGCUCAACAAUCAAAGUCCAUGGAGCCAGAGUGUCACAGUACCCCCCCCUAAAGGUGCGAACCCCGGGCGCACCAACAUAAGGACUAGGGGAGGGUCUGGGUGGGCGUCUGUCCACGGUGGCGGCUCUGGCCCCGGUCGUGAUCCCCACCCCACCACAGUCACAACCUGCUUCAGUAGCCUCCUCCCAAUGACCACCCUCCAACUAACCCCACCUGGACUAAGGGGCAACACCGGACUAAGGGGCAGCACCGGACUAAGGGGCAGCACCGGGAUAAGGGGCAGCACCGGGCUAAGGGGCAGCACCGGACUAAGGGGCAGCACCGGGCUAAGGGACAGUACCUGACUAAGGGGCAGCACCGGACUGAGGGGCAGCUCCGGACUGAAUGGCGGAUCCUGGCUGGCUGGCUCUGGCGGAUCCUGGCUGGCUGGCGGAUCCGGGCUGGACGGCUCUGGCGGAUCCUGGCUGGACGGCUCUGGCGGAUCCUGGCUGGACGGCUCAUAGCUGGCUGACGGAUCUGGCUGCUCAUGGCUGGCUGACGGAUCUGGCUGCUCAUGGCUGGCUGACGGAUCUGGCUGCUCAUGGCUGGCCGACGGAUCUGGCUGCUCAUGGCUGGCGGAAGGCUCUGGCUGAUCCUGUCUGGCGGACGGCUCUGGCUGAUCCUGUCUGGCGGAAGGCUCUGGCUGAUCCUGUCUGGCGGAAGGCUCUGGCUGAUCCUGUCUGGCGGAAGGCUCUGGCUGAUCCUGUCUGGCGGAAGGCUCUGGCUGAUCCUGUCUGGCGGAAGGCUCUGGCUGCUCUUGUCUGGCGGAGAGCUCUAGCGGCUCCGGUCUGGCGGACGGCUCUGAAGGCUCAUGGCAGACGGGCGGCUUUGCAGGCUCAGUACAGACGGGCAGUUCCUGCGGCGCUUGGCAGACGGACAGUUCAGACGGCGUUGGGCAGACGGGCAGUUCAGACGGCGUUGGGCAGACGGACAGUUCAGGCCCCGUUGGGCAGACGGGCAGUUCAGACGGCGUUGGGCAGACGGACAGUUCAGGCCCCGUUGGGCAGACGGCAGACUCUGGCUGUCUGAGGCGCAUCGUAGGCCUGGUGCGUGGUGCCGGAACAGGAGGUACCGGGCUGAGGACACGCAUCUCAGGGCUAGUGCGGGGAGAAGCAACAGGGCAUGCUGGACCCUGGGGACGCACCGUAGGCCUGAUGCGUGGUGCCGGAACUGGAGGUACCGGGCUGAGGACACGCAUCUCAGGGCUAGUGCGGAGAGAAGCAACAGGGCAUGCUGGACCCUGGGGACGCACCGUAGGCCUGAUGCGUGGUGCCGGAACUGGAGGUACCGGGCUGAGGACACGCAUCUCAGGGCUAGUGCGGGAAGCAGGAACAGGACGCACAGGACUCGGGGAACACACAGGAGGCUUAGUGCGUGGUGUAGGCACUGGUGGUACUGGACUGGAGACAGGAGGUGGUGCCGGAAAUACCGGACCGUGCAGGCGUACUGGCUCCCUUGAGCACUGAGCCUGACCAACCUUACCUGGUUGUAUGCUCCCCGUCGCCUGACCAGUACAGGGAGGUGGAAUAACCCGCACCGGGCUAUGUAGGCGAACCGGGGACACCAUGCGUAAGGCUGGUGCCAUGUAAGCCGGCCCGAGGAGACGCACUGGUGACCGGAUGCGUGGGGCCGGCCUCAUGACAUCUGGCUCAAUGCUCAGUCUAGCCCGGCCGAUACGUGGAGCCGGAAUGUACCGAACCGGGCUAUGCCUGCGUACAGGAGACACCAUGCGCUCUACUGCGUAACACGGUGUCUGCCCGUACUCUCGCUCUCCACGGUCAGUCCAGGGAGUAGGCGCAGGUCUCCUACCUGACUUCGCCACACUCCCUUCUAGCCCCCCCCCAAGAAAUUUUUGGGUAGUACUCUCGGGCUUCCAGCCUUGCCUCCGUGCUGCCUCCUCAUAUCGCCGCCUCUCGGCUUUAGCUGCCUCCAGCUCUUCACGAGGACGGCGAUAUUCUCCCGGUUGAUCCCAAGGCCCCUCACCAUCCAGAAUCUCCUCCCAUGUCCAUGAAUCCUUUAUGGGAGUCCAUAAAUCCUGUGUAGGUAGGUCCUGUUGCCGCUUGACACGCUGCUUGGUCUUUUUGUGGUGGGUUUUUCUGUCACGGUCGUCUAUGUCGUCCAAGUAUGACCAAGGCGCAACGUGUCCAAGAAACAUGACUUUAUUUAGCAAAGUAACCAAAAUCCAAAACAAAAGACGACUCAAUGACGUCCACGGUACACAGACCGAAAACGGAACAAAAACCCACAACUCCCACAAGAAAACAUACAGAUUAAAUAUGGCUCCCAAUCAGAGAUAACGAGCCGACAGCUGACACUCGUUACCUCCGAUUGGGAGUCAUAGACCAAACCUAGACAUGAACCCAACAGAAAGGCAAACCUAGAAAUACACACAACAGAACUACCAACAUAGAAAUACACCCCAAAUAAUGAAAAUGAACAACCCUGGCUCAACAAUCAAAGUCCAUGGAGCCAGAGUGUCACAAUAAAUUAGCAGCAGGGCGAGAUUCAUGCGGACUUUAAAUAAAGCACACUCGUGAUGAAAUACUCAUUGUAAGCUACUACACUCGUGAUGAAACAGUGUGAGAUAGCGCACUCGUGGUAUAAUACUCUUAUAGGAUAACAAACUGGUGGUAAAUGGCAUGAGAAUGCACAGUCUGCUUUCGAAUCAAAUAGCUCCCUCCUAAGAACAGCCAACCCAGGAGGUCUCUAGGGAAGAGUGGUGACACAACAUACAAACAUAUAUAUAUAUAUAUAAAAAGACAAUUUAACUAGUCCACCUACUAAGGCAACCCCAAGUAUUUUACCUGGAUACCAGCUCAACGACCUACCUAUCGGGACACUAACUAACUCAACAGUAAGAGCAGCGAAAGGCCUCUCCAAAGCUCUCUGAAAAAUACAAACAUAAUUAUAACCCCAGAUCAUGUACACAAUAGCACUUUCAAAACGUGUAUCCUUUAUUGAAUACACAACAUUUUAAAAUAUACUUGAUUCACAUUAUAAUGUUAAAAGCGAAUGCCAUUAAAAUGAAUGAGCUAUACCCGUCUCCCUGAAGCUCCCGGCGGGUUACACAAUAAUUAUUCUCAGGCUUGUCAAAGGUGCGACUGUAAUAUGCAACAACUCGUUCUCCUUCUGAAGUCAGCUGCGACAAGACUGCACGAGGCCUUCACUGCUGGCAGAUUUCCCAGAUCUGGGGCGAUACACACAGGGUCCUGACACAAAGCCUGCUUCGGGAUGUUAAAGGCUGUUGGUCCAUCCCCCACUCAAAGAGAGUAUUGACUGCCAUGUGGAUAUCAGUAAAAACGACUUUGUCCGGCUUUGUCAUGACGCCUGCCUGGCUGACUCUGUGUCCGAGGAAGGUAACCUCUUUCUGCAUGAAACUGCACUCAGCCCAGCUCUUUGGAUUCGGCCCAGAACUUCCCUAAUGUUUUCCAACGCAGUCUCAAACCUUGUCCCACGCACCAGUAGGUCAUUGAAAUACAAUACACAUUGUUCCGGGCACACCUUUGAGAACCUUCUCCAUAAGACAAUGUCUUUGCUUUGUCUUCGGGUGCCAGAGGUACCUUCCAGUAUCCGCUCCGUAGGUCCAGGGAGGAGAACCAAGCUGAGCCAGCGACAUAAUCGAGGCAUCUGUCUAUCCGAGGCAGUGGGUAGGAGUCUUUCACCAUCUUGUUGUUAAGUUGCCGAUAGUCAGCAGAGAACCUACAGGGUCCAUCCUUUUUGGGGACCAUGACUACGGGGAGGCCUAUCACGGUUCAUUGGGGUCAGUAGAUGCUAUCUGUUCUAUGAGCUCCUCCGCUGCGGCUUCGCAGGCAUAGGGCAUCCAUCUGGCGCAUUGGCAAUGGUGUGCUGCACCAAGUGGGUUCGAUCUACAUCAAUAGGGGUGACAGCAAAGCUGUGCCGGAAUGUGUAAAGUUGCUCCCACAUGGCUUUGACAGUGGCGACUGCUGCUGAUUCUGUGUCUGUGGUGACACUUGCCAUCUGUAGAACUGGUGUAGGCGGGGGCUGUAGUUCCUCAUGGGGCUCCAUGGUGGUGGCUAUCAUUGGAGAGGGGGAACGUGCACUCUGAAAGGGGGCUUCCCACAGAAGGCUAGGGCACGGUUGGUUUGUUCGUACGGAGUGUCACUUUUCUGGUCAGUGGGCAUCGUGGGAAGGCAGACUCACUGAGAAGGGGAAUGGGUUUAUCAUCUUGGAACAUAAUGGUAUUUGUCUGGAAGUCAAGCUUUGCCUCAGCCUCACAGUCACCCACCUGUAGACUUCACAGCUUCCCAGUAUAGGAGCUCGUUCUCCAGUUACUGUGAUCAAGGUUAAGCACCAGGUGGUUAAGGGUCACUGUGGAACCUGUGUCCAGUAAUGCACAUGUCAACUGGCCCCCCCAAACAUGAACUCGACAGCAGUUAGUGGCAAGGGGGACAGGUGAAUAGAGGCGGAUGGGUCUGCAAGAUGAAGGUUGUUCAUCAAGGGCUGAGUGUCAGUAGCUAAACCCUCUUUUAUAAAACAUCAACCAGUUCAUCUAAAAGUGUGUGAAAUUGGUCAAUUGAAAUAUAAUCUUGACAAAAUAAAUCCAUGACUCAUCAUUUCUUUUAUUUUUUCAGACCUUCGACCACAUGCUUGUCGCCAUAGAGGACAUUUCUGGACAAAUAGGAGAUAACUACAUGAAAGAUAAGUAUGUGGACACUAACAUCAUAUUAGCAACAUCAAUAAGUUAUUAUUAUCAUAUAAGUAUUAUUUAAAUAAAUGUAUUACAUACCAUUCCUUCAAAGACUAAAGUGAGCACUAAAUAGUUUUUUGACUCUCUUCUGAUAUCCUUCUAAGGUGGAAUAACUUUGAGGAGAAGUGGUUGUACUGGCUGUUGAUGACAUCCUCUGCCAGGAAGUCUUGUGACCAAAUAUUCAACAUCUUCCACAAGCUCAACCUCAAGGAUGCUUCAAGCUAUGUGAAAGAGGUCAGGGAAAGCCAUGACAACUUAAUACUGUAGUUACAAUGCUACACAAUAGGUUAACCUCCAGGAUCACUGAUUUACUGUAACAUUACAACAAAUAGAAAAAUUGGAUGGCAUACCAUGACAAAAAUGUGUAUAGCAGAUGUUACAGCGGGUGCAGCGAAAUGGUUGUGUUAUUAGAACUGUUAGGAGCUAGUAACAUAAGCAUUUCACUGCACGCACUGUUACAUCUGCUAAACUUUGUACGUGACCAUAAACUUUGAUUUGAUUAAGUAUUUUUAUCCCAUUAUCAUAGGGAGAACGCAGAGGCUCAUUGGCGUUCGUACGGAAUGAAAGCAAGGCCGAUGUGGAUUUCAAUAAGAAGUUUGGUGCCGAUUUCUCAGAGAUAAUGCCUUACAUCAUGACAGAAAAUAUGGGACCGGAUCAUGUUCCAGUCUCCUCCAUCUUGUAAGUAACAUUGCCUGCAUCCCAAUGGCACCCUAUUCCAUAGGGCUGAGGUCAAAGGUAAUGCACUAUAGGGAAUAGGGUGCCAUUUGGGAUGCAACCUUAUGCAUGUCUAAAACACAUGCAUCAUUAACUUGGGAAGGCGGAUAUGUAAACUUAAACCCUGUUGGGUGAUUCCACGCCAGCAAAAAAUAUUUUUGGUAUCUCAGAUUGUUCUGGCAAUUCUAACAUAGAAAGCAUAUUGGAAGGAAGGAUGUUUGACAUGGCCAACAGCUCUAAAGAGAGGCUAUAGCAAGCACUACUAGCUUUAGGCACAAACACGGGUUUAGGUUGAAGCAACCUUGGACAACCAUGGGGCAAAGUACAGGCACUGAAACUGAUAGUGUUUGCAGCUUACUCACCUGCUUUGCGGAUGUAAUGGCUAAGUAAAGCAGUAUUAAAUUAGAGAACUCAUUUCCAUGCUUUCCAGCGGCGCAAACUAUCUGCUUGGUCACUGGUUGUAGGCGAUGUACGCCUUCCUGCGGCUGAAAAGCUGCUAUACGGGAUGCCAGUAAGACUGGCAGGGCCAGGAACGGGACCAUAAGAAUGGGAUUUUGGCAUGCAUAGCGCAAUCCCUCCUUAGAACAACCUUUCAUAGAUGGGGGGUUCCCUUGUCAUAUUGCUCCAAUAAGGAGGCUAGACGUCUGUAUCAGUCUAGCAAGAGUGGACGAUCUGUUACAGAGGCAUCACCUUAAGAAAACACGCAUGGUGUGUUCCAAUGGUCCCAUAGUCACCAUCCCAUAUUCGGCACCAAUUUAGCAAACGGCCGGCCAACCCGGGUCGCUGUUGUGGGAAACAAAUACCCUACGCAUGGUGCCCAACGGUGGCUAUACCUACAGCAUAGCUAGCUGAACAGGUGAAAAGUGCCUGCUGUGUCUAACAGUCUGGGAGCCAGUCUGCUUCGUGAAGGGAGUGAAUGCACCCUAGCGGUUGCGAGUCAUCAGUGUAGUAAAAUCCCUAUAUUGUAGGAUAGGAUGGAAAUGAUGUUGCAUGACAGUUAACCAAGUUGAUGGAGAACUAGUGACCACCCCGAGGAGAUUGCAUGAGCCUAGUGGAUCCUUCUAGGAUAAAGGCUGUCUCAAACCUUCUAGGAUGUGCUCAACACCCACAUGAAAACAAUACUACAGUAUUUACAGUUUCCUAUAGUAUAAAUACUGUAGUAAAAAAAAUAUACAAAAAAACGACCAUAGUCAUGAAUGUAGUGUUUCUGCGGACUGUAGUAUCCUGUAGUAUUUACUGUAGUGUUUUUGUUUUAUUAUCUUUGACAUAGCAUUGGGCACUUUCUCCUUGAGGAAAACUACUUGACAAAAUACUCAAAGAGCAAAUUUCCCAUAACUUGAAUGAAUGUAGGAGUUCUGAACGGAUAGUUCAGAGCUUCUGUUUUUUUCUAUAACCUUUAGGGAACACAAUAUAUGGUCUAUACUUGGAAUGUAGGUUUCCUCAUUUAUGGGUGGCACAAAUUGGGAUAUGGGGGAGGGGAAUAGGAAGGGUAUAUGCAAAUUAAAUACUGUAGUAUAUACACUAUUGUAAUUACUGUUGUGUUUUUGCAAACAUACCUGUAGUAUUUACUGUAGUUUUUUUGCAGUCUGUAGUAUACUGUAGUAUUUACUAUCCUCAAAAAGCUACAGAUGCACAAUUUAGAGCAUCUUGACUGGCUACAAAAUUAUAUAGUAGGUACUACACAUGACCAAAUCACCAGAUGUCACAAAGUGCUUCUACAGAAACCCAGCCUACAACCCCAAACAGCAAGCAAUAAAGAUGUAGAAGAACGGUGGCUAGGAAAAACUCCAUAGAAAGGCAGGAACCUAGAGAGGAACCAGGCUCUGAGGAGUGGCCAGUCCUCUUCUGGCUGUGCCGAGUGGAGAUUUUAAGAGUACAUGGCCAUUAAGGCCAGAUUGUUCUUCAAGAUGUUCAAACGUUCAUAGAUGACCAGCAGGGUCAAAUAAUAAUCACAGUGGUUGUGGAGGGUGCAACAGGUCAGCACCUCAGGAGUAAAUGUCAGUUGGCCUUUCAAAGCUGAGCAUUCAGAGGUCGAGACAGCAGGUGUGGUAGAGAGAGCGAGAGAGAGUGAGAAGGUCGAAAACAACAUGUCCGGGACAAGGUAGCACGUCCGGUGAACAGGUCAGGGUUACAUAGCCGCAGGCAGAACAGUUGAAACUGGAUCAGAAGCACAACCAGGUGGACUGGGGACAGCCAGGAGUCUUCAGGCAUGGUCCUAGGGCUCAGGUCCUCAGAGAGAGAGCAAGUGAUGGGAGAAUUAGCGGGAGCAUACUAAAGUUUACACAGGACACCAGAUAAGGCAGGAGAAUUUCACCAGAUAGGAAAGACUUGACACCAGCCCCCCAGGCACAUAGACUAUUGCAGCAUAGAUACUGGAGGCUGACGGGGGGGGGGGGAUCCGACGAUAUCCCUGGACAGGGCCAACCCCACCCACUUUGCCAAAGCACAGCCCCCACACCACUAGAGGGAUAUCAACAGACAACCAACUUACUACCCUGAGACAAGGCUGAGUAUAGACCAUGAAGAUCUCCUCCACCGCACAAGCCCGAGGGGGCACAAAACAGGACAACGACCCUAAGCACACAGCCAAGACAAUGCAGGAGUGGCUUUGGGACAAGUCUCUGAAUGUCUGUGAGUGGCCCAGUCAAAGCCCGGACUUGAACCCGAUCGAACAUCUCUGGAGAGACCUGAAAUUAGCUGUGCAGUGACACUCCCCAUCCAACCUGACAGAGUUUGAGAGGAUCUGCAGAGAAGCACCAAAUACAGGUGUGCCAAGCUUGUAACGUCAUACUCAAGAAGACUCGACGCUGCCAAAGGUGCUUCAACAAAGUACUGAGUAAAGGGUCUGAAUACCUAUGUAAAUGUUAUAUUUCCUUUUUUUUUAUAUUUGAAAAAAAUAAGUCUGUAACGUAACAAAAAGUCAAGGGGUCUGAAUACUUUCCAAAUGCAGUGUAUUAGCUGGAAGUAGAAGUGUAAGUGUUGUUGUCCAUUAGUUUACUCCAAUUAGGGUAGGGGUGGUAGGAUUACGGGAAAAUAAUAAAGGAAAAUAUUUUUCAUGUACAGAACCAGUCAAACAUUUGGACACACCUACUAUUUUCUACAUUAUAGUAUAAUAGUGACUAUAUCAAAACUAUGAAAUUAAACAUAUGGAAUAAUGUAGUAACUAACAAAGUGUUAAACAAAUCAAAAUAUAUUUUAUAUUUGAAGUUCUUCAAAGUAGCCACCCAUUGCCUUGAUGACAGUUUUGCAAACUCUUGGUAUUCUCUCAACCAGCUUCAUGAGGUAGUCACCUGGAAUGCUUUUCCAACAGUCUUGAAGGAGUUCCCACAUAUGCUGAGCAAUUGUUGGCUGCUUUUCCUUCACUCUGCGGUCCAACUCAUCCCAAACCAUCUCAAUUGGGUUGAGGUCGGGUGAUUGUGGAGGCCAGGUCAUCUGAUGCAGCACUCCAUCACUCUCCUUCUUGGUCAGAUAGCCCUUACACAGCCUAGAGGUGUGUUUUGGGUCAUUGUCCUGUUGAAAAACAAAUGAUAGUCCCACUAAGCGCAAACCAGAUGGGAUGGCGUAUCACUGCAGAAUGCUGUGGUAGCCAUGCUGGUUAAGUGUGCCUUGAAAUCUAAGUAAAUCACAGAUAGUGUCAUCAGCAAAGCACCCCCACACCAUCACACCUCCUCCUCCAUGCACCAUGGUGGGAACCACACAUGCGGAGAUCAUCCGUUCACCUACUCUGCGUCUCACAAAGACACGGCGGUUGGAACCCAAAAUCUCCAAUUUGGACUCCAGACCAAAGGACAAAUUUGCAUCGGUUUAAUGUCUAUUGAUCGUGUUUCUUGGACCAAGCAGGUCUCUUCUUCUUAUUGGUGUCCUUUAGUAGUGGUUUCUUUGCAGCAAUUCGACCAUGAAUGCCUGAUUCACAUAGUCCCCUCUGAACAGUUGAUGUUGAGAUGUGUCUGUUACUUGAACUCUGUGAAGCAUUUAUUUGGGGUGCAAUUUCUGAGGCUGGUGACUCUAAUGAACUUAUCCUCUGCAGCAGUCUUCCAUUCCUGUCACGGUCCUCAUGAGAGCCAGUUUCAUCAUAGCGCUUGAUGGUUUUUGCAACUGCACUUGAAGAAACUUUCAAAGUUCUUGAAAUGUUCUGUAUUGACUGCUUCAAGUCUUAAAGUAAUGAUGGACUGUCGUUUCUCUUUGCUUAUUUGAGCUGUUCUAUUUGAGCCCCCCUACCUUGUCACAACACAACUGAUUGGCUCAAACGCAUUAAGAAGGAAAGAAAUUCCACAAAUUAACUUUUAUGAAGGCACACCUGUUAAUUGAAAUGCAUUCCAGGUGACUACCUCAUGAAGCUGGUUGAGAGAAUACCAAGAGAGUGCAAAGCUGUCAUCAAGGCAAAUUGUGGCUAUUUGAAACUUUUUUGGUUACUAUGUGUUAUUUCAUAGUUUUGAUGUCUUCACUAUUAUUCUACAAUGUAGUAAAAAGAAAGAAAAACCCUUGAAUGAGUAUGUGUCCAAACUUUUGACUGGGACUGUAGGCCUAUGUAGCCUAUACUAUAGAUUAUUUAUAUUUUAAUGCAGUCAUCUCGGUUUUCAUUUGAAGCAUCUUUUCAUCCUUUGCUUGUUUGUAACAAUUGCAAAGACAUUGGCAACUUUACAUUUGUAGUCAACUUCGUUGUGAAGUUAUUGCCGGUCACAGAGAGACAGAUAAACAUCUUAGCUGUUCUACGAGUAGUUUGAGGGAGUUGGUAAAUAACAAGCGUUUUCAAGUGCCACUUUAUUAAACAAUGCUUUUGGGAAACAGCUCUGAGAUUGAACAAUGCUCCUACGUGGGUUCUAACGAUGAAUUUAGCCUUAAGAUGCUUUUGGGAAACCGGGCCCUUGUACGUUUUUCAAGUCUGCCUUCCAGUGGCCAGCAAAUUACCAACAGUGAACAUUUAUGUUUCUUCCCUUCUAGACUGGACAGUGUGCCCUCUGUCUGCCUGGACAUACAUGAGCAGGACCUGAAGAUGAGGGAGUCAGAGGACUUUGACGCACACCAUCUACUGCAGCAGCACUUGUACAAAGGCAGGAAACAGGUAUUGCUUAGUCAAAGACAAUUAGAUCCUCAAAAAUCUCAGGGGCGCUAAAAAAGCAACUUUUUUUUACCCUCUUCUCUUGCUCUCAUUCCCUCACCUAACAGCACAGACACAGGUACAGUCGGAAGCAACUCGAAGUCAACAAGGACGAGAAUGAGGUGCAAGAGAUCCUCCAGAGAACAAUGAGGAGCCGUCUAGAGUCCUUCAAGUCAGCCAAAAUGGGUGUCGCUCCACCCAAGAAGAUAACCAAGCAUUUAAAGAAAGACCAGCCACAAAAGGUCAGGAAUGACUGCACUUUUUUCUCCUUCCCCCUUGUCUUCAUAACCAUCCUCUUGGAGGCAAUGUGAUAAUAUGUAUGUUGUGUAUUUGACUUUGUGUCAUUUUUAGAUGCCAAAUGGAAAAUCCACGGAUAACAGUAAAAGCCAUGUUUAUGGGGAUGAAGGUACUUCUUUGCUCUUUGCUUUUCACUUCUUUUUUGCAUUAUAUGAGGUUGAGGGGAGAGUCGUUCUUAAACUACGGUGGCCUUUUUCUAGAUGUUUUGGGGGUACCUAUUCUAAAUCAACUAAUAUAGCAGCUUAAUAUCUUUUAAUAAUUUGUACCAUUAUGAUAACAUUGUGCCACCAGUAGGAGUAGUAACACAAAUGACGGUUACACCAAUGACACAUUUUAGGUAAUUGAGGGUUUUCUUAAAUGGAGGCCACAUAUUCUCAAAUCUAUUAAAAAUAAUUUACUAAAGUGAUAUGAUUAACCAUUUUGCUCACAAUGUAAUUUCCCUUAAUUUAAAUAGAGUAACACCAAUGACACUUUGUAUUUAUAUAAAAGUAUUGCUUCCGACCCUCUCCUUGCCCCAACCUGGGCUCGAGCCAAGCAAGGGAAACAACUACUUUAAGGUCUCGAGUGACGUCACCAAUUGAAACGCCACUAGCACGCAACGUUAACUAGCUAGCCAUUUCACACCGGUUAAAUGUAUCAAUGGAAUCCUCAGUUUUAAAACAUACUACAUGGAUGUGAUUAGCUAAUACUUCUCUUUAAUAUAAACCCCUCCCCUUAUAACAGUUUGCCACUGGAGGGAACACUCAAGGUCCUUGUAUACAGUAUCUUUGGAGUGAAUUUCAAGCCGGUAACACCAAUGACAUAAAACUUAGUGACACAUAGGAAGAGGACGAGGCUGAUUACAUUUGCUUUCUGCCAUUUGGGUUUAGAUACCUGUGCAUAAGUAAACAACAUAAUUUCUCUCUGGCUCCAGAUUUUGAGUUUUCUGAAGGAGACAGUGCCUCUGGUUGCGAGGCUGCUGGUGGUUCAUUCCCCAUGAGAGCCAAUAGAGGAGGUAAGAGAGUCUUCUUCACAUCAACUCAAAAUGAAUUAAAUUAACCAAGUUAAACAUGUCUAAGUCAGACACUAAAACGCUUCAGUCACUAAACAACAAUAAGCUCACCUCUUAAGAGAACUUUCAAUCAAUGAAAUCAAUUCCAAUUAAUUUAAAUCUCCCUCCUGGUCUAGCUGGAAUCGUCAACCCAGCCUUCAUGGCAGAGAUGGACCCCAUGCCACCAAUGCAGCAGAUUCCUUCAUGGCUGGCUGAAGCCGAGGCGGAAAGCAGCACCGUGACCCCUUCUCAGAGGGCUCAGGUGAGACUGCCCUGGACACCGAGCAACCUCCGCCUGGCUCCGCUGCGCCUCAGCACCCAUUCCAAUGACUCCUUCCUGCUGGCUGACUCCCCUGGCAAACAGGAGGGCAUCUCUGAGCCCCCACCACCACAAGACGGACAGGGUCGGGGAACCCAAAUG